AUGGCUGUCAUGGCUUAUGUCUAUCACGCAGCUGUUGCGAAAAAAACCGGAUUUGCAAGAAUGAGUGCAAGUAAUCGCAUUUUGAGCCAAAAACCAUCAGAAAUGGCGUCAACUACUCCAGAUGACUUGACCAACGUCGAUUCAGUAAAGGAUGACUCGAAGGUUGAGAGUUCGGCGGAUUCUGGCGCGACAAAACGCUCAAUAAGCGCAGCCGAAAAUGAGCUUGACGAUGAGUUGGCACCGCCGAGCAAGAAGAACCGGGAUGUGACCAAAGCUGAAAAAGAAGACGACGAUAAAGAAGAUGAUGAGGAAGAAGAUGUUGAGGAGGAAGAGGAAGAUGAGACUCCUAUCCCGCGACAAAAGAGAAAACAGCCUGAAGACGACGACGAUGAGGAGGAGGAUGAUGAUGAUUCGGAGCCCGACGAUGAUUCUGAAAAAGAUGAUGAGUCAGAAGACGAGGCGGAAGAAGAGGAGCCAGCUGCUGAGGGACAAAAUGAUGAUGACGAGGAGGACGAAGAUGAGGAGGUCGAAGAGGAAGAUGAGGAGGACAAUGAGGAAGAGGAGGCGACGGCGGAGGCGUCCAACGAUAACUGA